AUGAAUCUGCUACCUCUAACACCACUAGGCUGUCCACAGACAAUCCCGAAUACUUACCAGAAGAUCCUGAGUCUGUACCUGAAGAAGAUGAAGUUGAUGGUCCUGUGGAAGAAGAGUCCUGUGGCCAGGAGCCGACUGCCUUUUUCUCAUGCGUUACGAAACUGCCGCGUAUGUCAGAGUUUACACGCGGAAUUGGCAUGUGAUGGCGAGCUAGAGUCCACUGGAACUGAACCUCUGAUUCUGGACCCUGAAGGAGUUCCUCCUCCACCACUGGUCCUGGGCUGGUAG